AUGACCUUGAACAAGCGUUACCUCGAUCAGGUCAAUACCGCCAUGAGUUUAAUCUCUUCAUUCUACGGCGAAUUCACGCUUGUGUGCCCUCGACCCUGUAAAGGCGAAGUGGAGGACAGUCAUUGGCGAUUCUUCCUAACUGGAGGUGUGGCUCUGGAGAACCCGUAUCCGAACCCCGCUCCUGAAUGGCUCACCGAAAAGAGCUGGUCGGAGAUCGUCCGCGCGAAUGAUUUGAAUGGCCUCGGUGGAUUCAUUGAGAGCGUCCAACAAAAGCCGAAUGCUUGGAAGGACGUCUACGAUGACUCAUCGCCUCACGCAGUGACCUUUCCUUCGCCCUUCGAGGAGGCGACGGAUCUGAUUCGCUUGGUCAUCGUUCGCUGUCUUCGUCCCGACAAGGUCGUCCCAGCAGUGCAGAACUUCAUAGAGCGCAAAAUGGGUCGCCAGUUCCUUGAGCCUCCAGCUUUCAACCUGGCAGAAAGCUACGCAGAUUCCAGCUGCUGUACGCCUCUGAUAUUUGUGCUCUCCCCCGGUGCUGACCCGUUGAACGCCCUCAUUCGUUUCGGGAGCGACGUCGGCAUCAAGCCCACGGACAUCCAGUCCAUCUCCCUCGGACAGGGGCAGGGUCCGAUCGCCGCUAAGAUGAUCCACACGGCCAUCGUCGAGGGUUCCUGGGUGGUGCUGCAGAACUGCCACCUCGCCGCCAGCUGGAUGACCGCUCUGGAGCAGAUCUGCAAUGAGGUGAUUGUGCCCGAGAAAACGCACUCCGAUUUCCGUCUGUGGCUCACCUCCUACCCGUCGGAGGACUUCCCUGUCUCGAUUCUACAAAACGGCAUUAAAAUGACCAAUGAGCCACCGAAGGGACUUCGCUCCAACCUCCUUCGUUCAUACUCCACCGACCCCAUCUCUAACAAGAACUUCUGGAAUGGCUGCAAUAAGCCCCAUGUCUGGCACAAGAUGCUCUACGGUCUGUGCUUCUUCCACGGCCUCGUUCAGGAACGUAUCAAGUACGGUGCUCUUGGAUGGAAUAUCCCCUACCAGUUCAAUGACUCAGAUUUACGAAUCAGCGUGCGACAACUUCAGAUGUUCCUUAAUGACUAUGAUGACUUGCCGAUGGAUGCGCUGAAGUAUCUCACAGGCGAGUGUAAUUACGGUGGCAGAGUAACCGAUGGAAACGACCGCCGCUGCCUCGUAUCCCUGCUGAGCAUCUUCUACAAUCAUGACCUUGUAACGCAGGAAAACUACAGCCUUUCGCCGUCUGGAUUGUACAAAGUUCCUCCAGAGGGAACGUAUGAGAGUUAUUUGGACUUCAUUCGGACGCUUCCACUACUGCCAAGUCCUGAAGUCUAUGGACUUCACGAGAACGCAGACAUCACCAAAGACAAUCAGGAAACGGCUCAGCUCUUCGGUUCCAUCCUUCUGACGCUACCUCGCGAAUCCGGUGGUGGUGAGAAGUCGUCUGAGUCGACAGUAAGCGACUUGGCGCUCGACAUCCUGAGUAAACUGCCCAAUGACUUUGAUCUUCACAAGGUCAUGAAGCAAUAUCCAGUAGUUUACAAGGAGUCCAUGAACACUGUGCUGCGGCAGGAGCUGAUACGCUUCAACUCCUUGACUUCAGUCGUGCGCAGUACUCUUCAGGGCUUGCUGAAGGCCAUCGAGGGUUUCGUCGUGAUGUCUGCCGAUCUUGAGGAAGUCUACGACUCCAUGCUGGUGGGAAGGGUUCCGGCAGUGUGGGCAGCGAGGUCCUAUCCCUCACUGAAACCUCUGGGCGGCUACAUUGUAGAUCUUCUUGCCAGAUUAAGCUUCUUCAACGAGUGGAUAAUUUUCGAUUCGCCUGAGAUCUUCUGGAUUUCCGGAUUCUACUUCACCCAAUCCUUCCUGACCGGUGUGUUGCAGAACUUCGCACGAAAGUACACUAUUCCCAUCGAUACCGUGGGCUUUGAUUUUGUUGUGCAAACAACCUACGUCCCAUCAGUUCUGGAACCGCCUGAGUCGCCCAUCCAUAACCACGAGGAGUCGGAGAAGCCGGGUGAGGCUGAACCAGCCAAAGCGCAACCCCCACCGAAACUCGAGCGACUCAACAAGUUCGGUGGGCUGAAAAAACCAGAAGAUGGGACACUGAUCACCGGUCUGUACUUGGACGGAGCAAGAUGGGAUCCGAAGACAAAUUUGAUUGCUGAGUCGCGUCCCAAAGUUCUUUUCGAUGCGAUGCCGGUGAUUUGGCUGGUGCCAAUGGAACAGGGGAAAGUUGUGACCCAGGCGAAGUACUCGUGUCCCGUCUACAAGACAUCAGUGCGACGCGGUACCCUCUCAACUACGGGGCAUUCAACCAACUUCGUCCUCUCCAUCCUCCUUCCCACGAACCGGCCGGAAUCUCACUGGAUCAACCGCGGACUGGCCGCUCUCUGCCAGCUCGACGACUAG